CCACGCUCCCUUUCAGCCAUCUCUCUCUCUCUCUCUCUCUCUCUCUAGCCCGGCAUGCCCAUCAACUCUCUCCUCCUCCUAAACCCACUUCACUCCUCGUAGAAAAAGUCAAUCCAUGGGCCCGUUCGACUUCGCCGCCGCCGCUGCCGCCGCCAGCAGCUCCUCUUCCUCUUCCGGCUCCGCCCCCAAGCACCCGCCGGAUCUCGACGGCCUCCUCGCCGGCGCGGGCUACAAGGUCCGCUCCUCCGAACUCCACCACGUGGCCCAGCGCCUCGAGCGGCUCGAGACCGCCAUGGUCAACUCCGCCUCCCACAUCCCCCACCUCGCCUCCGACGCCGUCCACUACAACCCCUCCGAUCUAGCCUCCUGGGUCGACUCCAUGCUCUCCGAGCUCCCUCACUCCUCCUCCCUGCCCUCCGGUUUCCCCGACCCCUACCCGACGGCUCUUGGCUGCGGGUGGUUGGACCCCUGCGCACCCCAGCCGCACCAGAACGUCGUCGUCCCUCAGCAGCAGCAGCAGCAAUUAACCGUCGUGGCGGCCUUGGAGGAGGAUUCCGGCAUUCGGCUGGUCCACGCGCUGAUGACGUGCGCCGAGUCCGUCCAGCGUGGCGACUCCUCAUUGGCCCGCUCUCUGGUUGAGGAGAUGCAGGCGCUGCUCGCACGUGUCAACACCUCGUGCGGCAUCGGGAAGGUCGCCGGCUACUUCAUCGACGCCCUCAGCCGCCGGCUCCUCGGCCUUGGCUCGGCUCCCGCCUGGACCUACGAGAACGAGGUCCUGUACCACCACUUCUACGAGGCAUGCCCGUACCUCAAGUUCGCCCACUUCACGGCCAAUCAAGCCAUUCUCGAGGCCUUCGACGGCCACGACUGCGUCCACGUCAUCGACUUCAACCUCAUGCACGGCCUGCAGUGGCCGGCCCUGAUCCAGGCCCUCGCCCUGCGCGCCGGCGGGCCGCCUCUGCUCCGGUUGACAGGCAUUGGGCCGCCGUCUCCCGACGGCCGCGACACACUCCGGCAGAUCGGGCUCCGGCUCAAGGAGCUGGCCCGUUCGGUCAACGUCCAGUUCACUUUCCGCGGGGUGGUAGCCUCGCGGCUCGAGGAUGUGAAGCCGUGGAUGCUCCCGGUGAGCCCCAAGGAAGCCGUGGCGGUCAAUUCGAUCAUGCAGCUCCACAAGCUCCUGGGAUCCGACCCGAACCGGGAUCCCCCAAUCGGCUCGGUCCUGCCCUGGAUCCGGAGCCUGAACCCGAAGAUAAUGACAGUGGUGGAGCAAGAAGCGAGUCAUAACCAGACCGGGUUCCUGGACCGGUUCACGGAGGCAUUGUAUUACUACUCGACCCUGUUCGAUUCGCUCGAAGCCGCUUGUCCGGUCCAGCCGGACAAGGCCCUAGCCGAGAUGUACCUGCAAAGAGAAAUCUGCAACAUCGUGUGUUGCGAAGGGACGGCCCGGCUCGAGAGGCACGAGCCGCUGGAUAAAUGGAGGGCCCGGCUCGGGGAAGCCGGGUUCACGCCGCUCAAUCUCGGGUCCAACGCGUUCAAGCAAGCCAGCAUGUUGCUGACCCUGUUCUCGGCUGAGGGUUACAGCGUGGAGGAGAACGAGGGCUGCUUGACUCUCGGCUGGCAUAGCCGGCCUCUCAUCGCGGCUUCGGCUUGGCAAGCGGUGCCCAGUGUAGUGAACUCGCCAACUGGAGUUAUUAACCCCAAUGAUAAUAAUAAUCAGCUGUAAAUUUCUCCUUCUUUGGGAUUUUCACGCUAUAUUGCUAGUAAUGAGGCAUAAUUUAGUUUAAGAGGUACCAAAAUUUAUCGUCUUUCUAAACAUGGAUUUUUUUAUUUUUUUUA